AUGCCUAUGGUAAACAGAAUUCGAGAAGACACCGAGGUCUGGAAGUGCAUGCGGACAAACCCCGACGGGACAACAUGCCGUGGGGCAACAGAGCCAGCACAAAUGCUUUGUGAGAAAUGUGGGUUGAAGAGAGACGUUGGAGCAGUCGCUAAUAAUGAAGAUGGCAAGAAGAUUGGAGAGUUGAAGAAGGUUGAAGCUACUGGGAUCGAGCAUUGGGAAUUCAACGAUAAUUAG